AUGUCUAACGAAACUGCCACAAAAGUUUCCAAUUUUUUCUCGGCGGCUUAUUCCCCUACACGUGAAUAUUCAACAGCUAAGAUAAAAAGAAAAGCUUCGUUUCCAACGCAACCAAGAACUUCCCAAUUGCCGACGAAGGCCAGCGAAAUGAAGUAUUCGAUGGUUACUGCUAUUUCAAGUGGUUAUAUUGGCGUUUUACUGCCAAUUUGCCUUCUUGCAAUUUUUUUGUCGUGUGUUGUGUGCGUGUAUCAUUGGCAGGGAAUAAGGGAAAGGAGAUUGGACUUGGAGGAGGAUCGGAAAAGAUGUCAAAGAAAGAGAACUAUGUCAGAGUUCGACAGUGGUUGCACUCUGAGGACCAUUAAGCCAGUCAACAAGGUGAGACAAUCAGUUUUCUUCAGUGCUGAUUGAUCCAUCCAUUUUCGCACAGUAAAUCUUCUUGCUAUAUCAUGACAGAACAUUUUAAAUAAUGACUUAAUACCAGUAAGAACCUUUCUGGCCUGCAUCGCAGACAGUCCAAAUCUCGAAUGGCUCGUAGCAAGGAGUUGUUUAGGGAAGCUUUGGGACGGAAAUAAAUAGCUCUACUUUUCUUUGCUCCGGCUCCAUCGAUGUGACGCUACCCGCCCAUAUGCAACCUGUACGUCUUCAUGAUCAUAAUUAUGAUCUUGACAAAAUUGACAGUAACUCCAUUCGUUAUGAGUCAACAUCAUCAUCAUCAUUAUCAUCAUCACCAUCAUUAUGGUCAUCAUUAUCAGCAUCAUAGUCAUCAGCAUUGUCACGUCCUGGUCAUCUCAAUCAUCAUCAAAUUGUUUGUUUAAAUCAAGAGCGGUGACUUCGACCAAAGUGCAGGACAAAAGACCUCUCUCUCUUUCUUCAACUAUAAUUGUUUCCUUUCAGAAACUAGGCAAAGCACGAUCGUACCCAUGGAAGACAACUAAGACUCAGGAUCUUCAUGACAUCAACAACAAUGAGGGUUUUAUCAUUCCAAUAAGCCCUGGAAUGAAACAGGGGACAAGCCAUUACGCUCGUAGAAGUUACCAGUCCUCCGCAGCGAUGGCUCAAGCUACGGGGUGCUACGAGAGGCCCGUCCUGAAAAGGACCCCUAUUCAUGAUAGAGCUGGUCCCACCACUAAAGGGGACCUUUCAAGCGAAGGUAAUGAAAUUUAUAAUAGGGGUACAUGUGGUGAAAGACAAUCAUUUGUUUGCCGAUACAUCUGAGUUUCGGGGCAAUUUGCUAUCGGUGAAAAAAAGAAAGAAAAAAGAAAAUGACGUCGCAGCCAAGGAAAGAUACAUACACUGGCUCAAAUCCUAAAAGCACAGCGAUAUUUUAAACCUGAAGAAAAGCCCAGUUAUAAUCGAAUCGCUUAUUCCUUUUAUUUUAUUCUAUCCUCUGCACAUGCUAAACAGUGACGCUAUUCCGAAAAGAGGAGUUAAUGUUUUCGAUUUGGUUUCAUUGCUUUGUCAAAAUUGAUCAAUCUUUUAAAUUUUAGAGCCGUCUAUCCCUUCUGUCCCGGAUGUAAGCUUAAACCUGUCAGCAGCAGAUACGACAAUCGAGAGCUGCUUGGUGAUUUCCUCUCCAAUCCUGAAAGAAUACCCUGCUUUGAAGAAUGACGUUGUUGAUGACGUCAAACAGAAAAAUUCGGUCCAUGUGACACGUCAAGGUGACGACGGACAAGUUGUUACCGUGGAGACGAUACACGGUCAAUUGCUGGAGUAUUGGGUGUAG